AUGUCUGCUUUUGUGAAGAAGAUACCUCGGAACAUUCUUAUUUUUGGGGCAGCUGCUCAUAUCGGCCGGCCUCUCGCGCAAUACCUCACCGACAAUGCACCUUCGAUUCAACUCCACCUCGCGACAAGCAACCCCGGGAAACGGGAACAACUUCACAGCUCUUUCCCCCGAGCCUGUGUCGUCCAGGCUGAUUACAACGACGUGUCUUCUCUGGCCGCCGCUCUUCAAGGCAUCGAGGGCGUCUUCGUAAUCACCCCGGCUGGCAUUCCGGAAGCGCCAGCAAUGACCAAUCUUGUGACUGCCUUGAAGGCGGCGAACAGUGUGGUCCACAUUAUCCGAGUCAUGGGUGUGUUCUCAGAGUUUAACCCUACUCGCAUUCCCAAGACUCUUGGUCUAGGGAACCUGCCUUUCGAGCAUCCUGCCGCGAAGCGCAUUCUCGACGAGAGCGGGCUUCCGGUUACAUCCAUCAACUCCGGUGCUUCUUUUAUCGACAAUCUUUGGUUACAAAUUGGACCCGUCAAGGAGAAGAAGACCUUGAUCUGGCCAGAACAUCGGGUCCCAUUUAUAGACCCGCGCGACAUUGCUGAAGUUGCAGCGAGACUAUUCCUCUCGGAUAACGCCAAGCACAUUGGCGCUUUCCAUACUAUGAACAAUGGCCAAGAUUGGUUGACCUUUGAGGAGCUUUCCGGCAUCCUGAGUGAGGUGCUGGGGGAGCCUAUCGCAUAUGAUGGAAGUUACGAAGCGUUUUCUGGGUAUUACGGGCCGAAACUAGGGCCAAAGGUGGAUGUGCUCUGGGCAUUCUUCAAAUUUGAAGAAGCCAACGAGGUCAACUGGGCUCUCAACAACUUUGUCGAGAGAACUCUUGGUCGAAAGCCCGUGAGCGUCAGAGACUGGUUGUUGGAACACAAGGACGCUCUCCUGAAAGAAACCAAGCGUCCUGGUUGGGCCGACCGUGACAUUGUGCCGACGUAA